AUGGCUAUCGAGAAUACUGCUCUGGAAUCCCUCCGCAGCACGCUGCACUCCUCCACUGUCUACACGCCGGAUUCCCCGGGGUAUCAGGAGAGUUUGCGUCGAUGGUCCGAGACGGGAGUUAAACCCGCUGGAGUGGUGGUCAUGCCCACUGAGACGGACGAUGUUCGCACAGCGCUACUUUGGGCCCAGACCCACGGGAUAGACAUAGCCGUCAAAGGCGGCGGACACUCCGUGGCGGGAACCAGUUCCAGCGACGGCGGACUGGUAAUUGAUCUAUCUCGGAUGAACCGCGUCACGGUGGACGAGACGACGCAGACGCUACGGGUGGGCGGCGGCGCAGUGUGGAAGGACGUGGACGAGACUGCGGCGCAGUACGGGCUUGCCGCGGUCGGGGGCACAGUGAACCACACUGGAGUGGGCGGAUUGACGCUGGGAGGUGGGUACGGUUGGCUGAGCGGACAGUACGGACUCACGAUUGACAAUCUCCGAUCGGCGACGGUGGUGUUGGCCACCGGGGAGGUGGUUACAGCGUCCGAGGAGUCCCAUCAGGAUCUCUUCUGGGGCUUGCGCGGCGCGGGAUACAAUUUCGGCAUCGUGGUCGAGUUCACGUUCCAGGCGUAUCCGCAGUCCGACCCCGUGUAUGCGGGGAUCGCGUCGUUUGCGCCGGAGAAGCUGGAAGGAGUGGUGCAGGCCUUGAACCAGCUGAUGGAGAAAACGGAUCCCCGGUCGGGGGCGAUGUGUAUUCUGGCGCAGCCGCCGGGGGCGCCGAGUAUGCUGGCAAACGUGCUGGUGUUUUAUAACGGCACGCAGGAGGAGGGCGAGCGUCGAUUCGCGGACCUCCUGGCGCUGGAACCGAUGGUCAACAUGAUCCGUAUGAUCCCGUACUCGCAGGUGAAUUCGUUGCAGAAUCCAAUGGCGACGUACGGCGAUCGCAAGACGUUCAAGGGGGUGUUUUUCCGCACGCCGCUGGAUGCGCGGUUCCUGCGCAGCGUGCUGGACGAGAUGAACGCGAAGAACGACGAGCAUCCCGACUUGAUACCCGCCUUGUUGCUGGAGUGGUACGAUAUGCGUCGGACCUGCGAUGUGCCCUUGCAGGCUACAGCGUUUGCCAAUCGGAGUGCUACGCAGAAUGGACUGUUGACACUGCGGUGGACGAGCGAGGAGAUGGAUGCCGUGUAUCGGCAGUGGGCUCGAGAUAUUCAGUCCCGGUUCCAGCAGGAGUUUGAUCGGAGUGGACCGGAGGAGGAUGUUCCUCAGUAUAUCAAUUAUGCCGAACCGGGCGACGUGGUGGUGAAGAACAUCUACGGGGGGAAUCUCCCUCGACUUCGCGAGGUCAAGAAGAGAUAUGAUUCCAGGAAUAUCUUCCAUAAGAUGCACCCGAUCGCAUUCACCGUGGACCAGCUCUGGACGCUGGAGAACCACUUCUGGACGCAAUUCCUCUAUCCAGCCAAUACUAAGCAGAUCAACGCCACCGACACGUCCGUCUUCGCUGAGAAUGUCCACGGCCGCGUCGACAUCACCCGAACCUUCACCGGCCGCGAUCUCAACAACGAAUACAUCUUCGGACUCUUCACGCAGCCGGAAUCUGUCAGUCUAACCGGUGUACCUAUCGCCUAUGAUAUCACCCAAUUCAGCGGCAACGACCGCAUCGCGUCCGCCACAACGGUGGUCACAUUCAACGUGACAGCCUUCCAGACCAUCCUCCCCAUCACCAUCGACACCUGGAUCGAGUUCAACCAGGAUGGCCAGAUCAUACAGUACGACGCUACAUUCCGCUGGUUCGACUACUACGUCGACCGACUACUUCGUCUCGCGGCAGAGGAAUUCCAGACGACGGUAGACGAGGCGAAGACUCGCGUCGCGGGACUGAUUGCCGACACUGUGUGCGAGGUUAGUAUGCAAAAUUGUGCAUCGUAUGAACACUACGAGAGUCAUGAGCAGUGUGUGGAGUUUCUUACUAUGGAGACGCGGUUCGGAAUGCCAUUUGAACUCGGAAGGAAUACACUCCUCUGUCGGGAGGUUCAUAAACAUAUGGUUUCGUAUCGGCCGGAUGUUCACUGUGCGCAUAUUGCGCCUUCCGGCGGUGAUUACUGCGUUGAUGAUAUGGAUUAUGAGGCGGUGGUGUUGCAGCGGUAUUUUCCUGAUUCCUGGGUGGUGGGUGGAUUUGCGGAGGAUAAUAUUUGGGUUGCUUGA